AGGUUGGGGGAGGGAGUUGGACGAGGGAAAAACGUUUCUAUAACUUUCAUAUACAGUGGUUGCCUUGCUCGGACCUGCUGACUGUCAGAAAAACAUACGAAGAUGGCGUGGCGCUGCUACCGUGCAACGUCUCGGUUUACAGGGAAAAUACACGCAACUUUGAGAGAGUCAUUAAUAUCUACUAUCUUAUUUGUGUGUUUACUUUUUCCUUUUACCACCGAAGCUGGCUUGUACACCGCUUCUGAUCAGGUAGUCGUUUUAACCCCGGAUAAUGUGGACAGUGUUUUGGUCAAUUCUACAGCCGCACUGGUUGUUGAGUUUUACGCCUCUUGGUGCGGGCAUUGUAUUGCUUUUUCUCCCGUAUGGAAAAGUCUCGCAAGCGAUAUUAAAGAGUGGAAACCGGCUGUGGAUUUAGCUGCCAUAGACUGUGCUAAUCAAGAUAAUGGGCCAGUUUGUUCCCGUUUUGGUGUCAGGGGGUACCCAACACUGAAGUUCUUCCACGCUUACUCCAAACCUGACUCCAAGGGAGAAAGUUUCAGAGGAUUUCCUCGUAAUGUGAGGGGUUUACGCCAUAAGAUCAUCGAUAAGAUGGAGACCCAUGCGGAGCCCUGGCCCCCGGCCUGCCCCCCUCUGGAGACUACUAGCAGAGCAGAGCUUGAAAACUUCAUUGAGACAAACGGUGUGGGACACCUGGCCUUGCUCUUUGAGACCUCUAACUCAUAUGUGGGCAGAGAGUUGACUCUGGACCUACUGCAGUAUGAGAACAUAGCUGUGCGGAGGGUCCUGAGCACCGAGGAUGGCCUGGUGGCUAAACUGAAUGUGACCCACUUCCCAUCCUGUUACCUGUACUAUCCUAGUGGGAUCUUCACCAGGCUCCAUGUACAACUUGAGGUCCGGACCUUCUACACCUACGCCCUCCAGAGGCUUCCUGGGGUAGUGCGGGACGGAAAGCCACUGCCAGUGACCUCUGACCUUGCAAAAAACACAACAGAGGACCAAUUGAGACCAUUCAACAGGUCUCAUGUGUAUAUGUCAGACCUGGAGUCUACUCUGCACUACUCUCUGCGCGUGGAGCUGGCCGCUCACCCUGUCAUCAAAGGAGAGGCACUGAGCACACUACGACGGUACAUCUCAGUACUAGCGAAGUACUUCCCUGGUCGUCCUGUGGUGAACAACCUGCUGAAGUCUGUGGACAUGUGGCUGAAGGGUGAGAAGGACACAGAGCUGUCCUACAGUUCUCUGAGGGACGCUCUGGACAACACUGCAGAGGUACCUAAUGCUGCGCUGCCUGAGGGGGUGAUGUGGGUGGGCUGCCAGGGCUCCAAGCCCCACUUCAGAAGUUACCCCUGUGGCAUGUGGACCCUAUUCCAUGUCCUUACUGUACAGGCCGAGGAAGCUGCUGGCAAAGACCCCCAGGAGGUGCUCCAGGCGAUGAGGUCAUACAUCCACAGUUUCUUUGGCUGUCGGGCAUGUGCCACCCACUUUGAGAACAUGGCCCAGGAGAGCAUGUCCCAUGUGGGGACACUGUCCUCCGCCGUGCUGUGGCUCUGGUCCCACCAUAACCACGUAAACAAUAGACUGGCAGGUGCUCUGAGUGAGGAUCCACACUUCCCUAAGAUCCAGUGGCCGUCCCCAGAGCUGUGUCCCAGUUGCCACGGGGUUAAGAAUGGAGAACACACCUGGAACCAGGCAGAGCUGCUCACCUUCCUCCACUCCCACUUCUCUUCUGAACACCUCCUCUCUGACUACCUGGAGGAGGAGGCCCAGCUCCUCAGCAGGCAGAAGGAGAGGCUGGUCGCCAGGCAUCAUGAGAAAGAGCAGGAGGCCAAGAGAGGAGCAGAGAGGAGGGCCAGACAGACCCAGGACACCUUGCUCAAACCACAGCCGGAGGAGGAGGAGGAAGUGGCUAAAGAACAGCCAGCAGAAGAGGAGGCAGCGAGGGCAGGAGAAAAGGUGCAGAUAUCUGAACCCCCAACUUGGGUAAAGCCCAAGGCAGAUGUGUCCCACCAGCCCCAGCGCAGGCCCAGCAUCGUGGGGUUGAUGUUCAGGCCCCCCCAGGAGGAGAUUGUAGACCUGGACUCCUUCAUCAACCAGCACUACAAGGCCAAGGCCCUCCGUGCUGCAGCCAGAGUGUCCUCCCGUGUCAAACUCAGGACCCUGCAGAUGAAGGAGCAGCCGCAGCCUGGAGCCGGCCUGGAACAGGGGCCAGUGCUGCGGCUGGGGAUGCAGCCCGUGGAGCCAGAGGACUUGUUCGGGCAGCACAAAACGAUGCAGAAGAGGAUUCUGACGGGCAAGUACACUGGGUCAGAGGAGGAGGGGGCUCUGGAGAUAUACCCGCACCCUAACAAGAGGCGCUGGAUGUCCUUGCUGAGCGUGGGUUUCUCCAGACUGGACAUCAGCCUGUGUGUGCUCCUCUACUUCCUGUCCUCAAUGUGUCUGCUGGCCAUGUACCUCUUCUUCAAGAACUGCCGGCGGCUCCGACGGGCCAAGGUGGCUCUGCCCUGAGUCAACAUUACCUGGCAAUGCUACUGUAGAUUUACCCAUACUGUGACGCUGUGGUCAGUUCCGAAACCCUCCAACUGAAGGAUUCGUAAUGUUCUGCAUCAAUGGAUUGCUUCAUUGUGCUUGCAUUCAGGAUAAUAAUUUAUGACCCCAAAAUAUUUAGCCUUUUUUGACCACUUCUGACAGAUGAAUUAAAACACCAGGGAAUUAAUAGGAUUUUAUAUAUUUUUUUUGUAAAAACAACUAAAGGCGUUUAUUUGAUAUUUAUUGUAAUUCUUAGUCUGUAUAUAAUGACAAAUUAAUUUAUGUGAAAAAAUAAUAACUUUAUAUAGUUUCAUGGAUAAAAGCCCUAAUGUAAUAUGAGAAGCACUGCUCUUUUCUCUUAGACCUGUCACUGCCAGCCUUUCCGAAAAGAUGCUGUGUGUGGUUAGAGCGUUGGACUAGUAACCGGAAGGUUCAAAUCCCUGAGCUGACAAGGUACAAAUCUGUCGUUCUGCCCCUGAACAGGCAGUUAACCCACUGUUCCUAAGCCGUCAUUGGAAAUAAGAAUUUGUUCUUAACUGACUUGCCUAGUUAAAUAAAGGUAAAAUUGUCAAAUGUAAUUCUAUGGUUCACACAUUCUGUUCUAAAGUGGUCUAUGUUGUGACUGGCCAUACCAUGCUAUUGUCUGAUUGGCUAGUGCAUCUUACAUGUCCCAAUUAGCUUUGCACAAUAGAGUUUAGACAUUAAAGAAGUGUUGUAGAGCAGCACUUGUUCACAGGGUACAAAAUAAGCAGGAUUGGGGUUUUGGCUGGUGUCCAUUACAUUAGGCUUACUGGUCUCACUCAACUCGAGAUACUGUGUUUUGCUUUGCUUAUCUCAAUCAAUAAAAUUAUUUUUUGCUAA